UUAUAUACUGUUGGCGAUGUAGUGCGCUUGCUCACUUUUAUCCCUGCCAUUCCAAACAAGUCUUUUCUCGAACAGGAGCCCCUGAAGAUGAUCCUCUUUCGAAAAUUCCGCGUCUUGAUUCUGAUGGUGUUUCUUAUAGCCUGCUCUAUGCACAUUAUGAUAGACUUGUUACCGAAACUGGAGAGACGGAGCAGUAGCGCGUGCUCGUGCUCACACACACCCAGCGAAGAGCCGCAGAACUGGGCUAAGCAUCGAGCCAAGCCGGGAUCAGAGUCCGGCUGGCCUAAUAAACACACACUCAGAAUACUUCAAGACUUCAGCAACGAGCCGAACUCAAACCUGUCCUCUCACUCGCUGGAAAAGAUCACCGUUGGGGAGAGAUCCGAGGCUCUGAAAAGAUUUGAGCAGUUGACAGGUGACGAGAAGAGGCACGCGACACGGGACUCUACCUUGAAGAACGCAGUUGUCAAGGGUUCGAGGCUCUCUGCGCUAUUUGAGCGUCCUUUAUACACCAGGCCAUUGCCUCCUUUAACAGACGAAGACACUUUGUUCAAUGUCAACACCGAUAUAAGAUUUGACCCUAAAGCUGCAGAGAACCCAGAGUGGAAUGAGGAAGGUAAAGAUGGAAAUUAUGCUCCUACGGUGGAGAUGUCCUCAGAUUCCUACCCAAACUGGCUCCGCUUCCACAUUGGGAUCAACCGGUAUGAGCUUUACUCCAGGCACAACCCAGUCAUUGAUGCAAUGCUGAAGGAUCUGGUGUCACAGAGAAUUACCAGUGUUGCAAUGAAAUCUGGAGGUACGCAGCUGAAGCUCAUCAUGACAUUCCAGAACUAUGGCCAGGCGCUCUUCAAGCCCAUGAAGCAGACACGGGAGCAGGAGACACCCCCAGACUUCUUCUACUUCUCCGAUUUCGAGAGGCACAACGCUGAGAUCGCAGCAUAUCAUCUAGACAGGAUCCUGGAUUUCUGUCGAGUGCCGCCAGUGGCUGGACGACUGGUGAAUAUGACCAAAGAGAUACGAGAUGUGACCCGUGACAAAAAACUGUGGAGAACCUUUUUCAUUUCACCAGCCAAUAACAUCUGUUUCUACGGUGAAUGUUCGUACUACUGCUCCACUGAGCAUGCUCUGUGUGGGAAGCCUGACCAGAUCGAGGGCUCUUUAGCAGCAUUUCUGCCCGACCUGGCCUUGGCCAAGCGCAGGACCUGGAGAAACCCCUGGAGACGGUCCUAUCACAAACGCAAGAAAGCAGAGUGGGAGGUGGAUCCUGAUUACUGUGAAGAGGUGAAGCAGACGCCACCCUAUGACAGCGGCACACGCCUGCUGGAUAUCAUGGACAUGACCAUUUUUGAUUUCCUCAUGGGUAAGAGGAUCAUUUUGGUGAAGAAGUCCACUCAUUCACGGCUUCAGCUGUUGGCUAAGGAGGAGUUCAGACUGAGUGCUCUGAUGGAGGAAAGUCUGCAGACUGAUACGCUGUCACCCAUCCUUAUUAGACCUCAUCUGGAGGCCAUGGACCGCCGGCUGCGCCUGGUGCUCCAGGUACUGGCUGACUGCAUUGAGAAGGAGGGCUACAGUAACGUAGUAGAGGAUGACAUGGUCGCAGAGGGCAUGAACACGGGCACAGUCCCACAAAGGUAGUGGGCACAGACUGAUCAGGUGCCCCCAGCGGGUCCUUUGAAGUCCCACCACAGCUCUAUAGACCAUGAACGUCUUGCAAGAGAUGCUCUUGUUGAUAAACUUUUCUGAAUUCAGUGAAUUCUAAAGACUCAUUCCUCAACUAAUGGACCAUGUGUUAAAUAAAGACACACAAGUAGACAGAGAAAGCGACGGUGUUCUGCAGUCCUGAAUCCAAAAUGUAAGCUGAUCUUCACAUGUAACAACCAGUGUUAUAAAGCAGGGGUUCUCAUCUGGUGCAUUGUCACCUUAAAACAGAGUCACAGGCUUGUCUGAUGUAGACAGCAAAGAAAAAAACAACACUUA